CAUGACACACUUGUGUGUGUGUGUGUGUGUGUGUGUGUGUGUGCACUUUGCGUGUGCGUGCAGGUUGAAGUGCAACAAUAAUGCGUUGACUUGCCUUUCCACUUCAGGCAAAAUAAGUCCAGACUUAGUGGAGAUCAAGGCAGGAAAUAACAAGCUCACAUCGGUUCCUGUGGGGCUAAAUAUGUGUGCAAAUUUAGCAUCCCUUGACCUGGGGGGUAACAAGCUCGCUAGCCUUGAAGACGACAUUUUCUCUAAUCUCUCGUCCUUGACGGAGCUAGAUCUCUCGAAGAACAUUCUCACUGAACUCCCGAUGUCAGUCAGAUUCCUAUCCAAGCUGGUGCGGCUAAAUCUUCGGCAAAACCGACUGACAUCUAUCCCAAGCGGACUGGGAAGUUGUGCUUCGCUGGCUGAACUCUAUCUAGGAUACAAUGCACUAGAGACAGUACCUCCGGAAAUUGCAGAGUUGCAGAAGCUCGGAUCCCUCGAGCUGCGUGCUAACCAGCUACAAGAUCUCCCGGUUGAGCUUUGCAAUCUACAGCUGUCUCUCCUUGAUCUCUCAGAUAAUAGUGUGGGGAGCCUUCCGUCAGAGCUUGGCUUUAUGACCACAUUGAGAAAGCUUGUGCUCGACGGAAAUCCUCUUCGUGGUGUGCGCAGCUCCCUCAUACUUGGGCCAACUACUCAACUCCUGAGGCACUUGCGGGGUCGUCUACCGAACAGCGAAGCUGCAGGGAGUCAAGUUCUAGUCUCGUCUGGCAAUGUUUUUGGCGAGGAGGUACAGGAUAGCAUAGCGAAAUCGGUGACCAAAGCGUCAUCAACAGGGGUUAUUGAACUUCAGGGACAAAGCUUGACUAAGGUCCCACCUCAAGCAUGGGAAGAGAACAACGUGGUCUCCCUUGAUCUGUCCAAGAAUGCCAUAUCAGCGUUGCCUCCGGAGCUCGAGAGAUGUACUUCUCUCAAGAUUCUAUCCCUUGCCGACAACAAGCUUUCGGAGUGGCCAACCUCACUUUGGUCAUCAUUGAUCUCUCUGCAGCAGCUGUUUAUGGCGCGGAACCCAAUCAACGAGUUCCCGCAAGACGCAUUUUCGUCACUGGGUAAGCUCAAAGAACUGGAUCUGACGGGAGUUGCUGCGCCUCUCCCCGCAUCGCCUUCUCUUUCUCUAAUGCCGUCACUCGAGCGGCUGCAUCUUCGUCAAACAAAGUUGCGCGAGAUCCCGUCCGAAAUCUGUCAGCUUCGGCAGCUUCGGUUUCUAGACCUCAGCGAAAACUCAAUCAUUGCUGUCCCUGAGGUGAGUUGAUUCGGAAUAGACACUCCACUUAACCCCAGUAAAGUUUCAUGGAACGU